GAUUCAGUUUAAAAGACUGGUUAAUUCCGUCACUUUAACGGAAUUAACCAGUGAGACCGGAAAUAGGUUGAGAGGAUUUAAAAAUAAAAGCUGAAAAUUUAUUCAUAACGGGAUUUAUUUGUCAAAAGUAGAGACUGAAUCUUUUAUCUUAUUAUCCUACACAAGUUUAUUUUAGUUUAUAUAUUUGUUUACUGUUUACUCACUUUAACUGCUGUAAAACCUUCAGCAAAGGCCUGAAAUGAGGCGUGCUGGCUUUAUUUUGAAGGUUUUAACCGGAAACUCUAGUUUGUUAUUGUGGGUAUUUGACGCUAGUGUCAUAAACAGCUGGAACAGAAGAACCACUCCACAUUCUACAGCCUACAUUUAACCUCCAAUGUAUUACAGUACUUUCACUUGUACUUGUUAACAGUCGUGCUCACUUUUUUUAACAGAGUUUCUUUUAUUUCUUGAGUUUAUUUCCCCCCAAUUUCUCUGCUUCUCCGUGACUCCGCCCCUGCAUUCCUGUGUGUCUGGGCUGUGAAGAAGAGGAGGAGGAGGACGCUGCAGAAAGCUGAAGCAGAGAGCAGAUGAUCAUCAACAACAACAACGCUCAGCUUCAAUCUGACUGCUGCAGCCUUCUGACACAUCGAGCAUUUAUCCCUCAAGUCUGAACCAACGGCACGUGUUUCUAUUUAUUCUACUUAUUUCCUUUAACGAGUUUUGGAAACUUUUCUUUUUUUUUACACCGGAGUUGGAGCUUUAUUUUUGGAGUUUUGGUUUUCAGUCCGACUGCACUGCAACAAAACACCCGUUUUUGUUUUCGCUGCAUUUUUAUUUCUGCGGCAAAAAAACAACAACAAACCGGGCAGAAGAGAGAGCGUGUGUGUGUGUGUGUGUGGAGGAAAUCAUGGAGAUCCUGGACGGUAGUGAACCGUUUCUACACUGGGACCGGAACCUCAGCGAGCUGUCUGAGGCUGGAGAGAUCGACCGUGUGCUCUACACCAAUCACUUCUCCGAGCUCCUCGACGAUCUCUCCCAGGAUGCAUUGCUGGGCCAGCUGCUCAGCGACCCCUUCCUGUCCGCGGUGCGAGGCGGUGUGGAGUCCAUGGAGGGGGAGGACGGCAGCGACCUGUCCCCGUCCUCCCCUCUGCCGCCUCACAUCACGGCCGAGCACAGCUACUCGCUCUGCGGGGACAGCCGACCACAGUCGCCCCUGUCGCACCUGACCGGAGAGCAAGGCAGUGACGCAGAGUCUGAUGGAGACUCGGCUGACUGGCCCAUGGAGCAGGAGGACGCCAUCGACAGCCUCCUUUGUGAGACUCCUUCCCUCCUCCCUACCCUCUCCCUCUCUCUGGCCUCCUCCAGCAGGGGGCCCCAGGAGCCCGAGGGCCUCGCUGUGGCCCCCCCAGCUGCUGCUGCCGCCUCCCCACCUCAGACCACCGUCAGCAGCCACAACCAGGGCAAAGGCUUCAAGAUAAAAGAGGAGAACAUCAUCCCUCAGAUUAAACUGGAGCCUCAUGAAGUGGACCAGUUCCUCAAUCUUUCACCCAAAGGUCUGGAGUCGCUGCAGAUGCCUCCCACUCCUCCCAGCUCCCACGGCAGCGACUCGGAGGGCAGCCAGAGCCCCGUCCACCCCCCCCCCGGCCUGUCCUCCCCCACCUCCCCCACCAGCCCUCCUCCCUCCCAGGCCGGCCUGAAGGUGUCUCCUCGCGCUGCUUCCUCCCUCUCCAACUCCCCUCUGCUCACCGCCGCCCAUAAGCUGCAGGGGUCGGGCCCCCUGAUGCUGACUGAGGAGGAGCGUCGGACGCUGGUGGCCGAAGGUUACCCGGUGCCCACCAAGCUGCCGCUCACCAAAGCCGAAGAGAAGGCGCUGAAGAAGAUCCGCAGGAAGAUCAAAAAUAAGAUUUCGGCUCAAGAGAGUCGCAGGAAGAAGAAAGAGUACAUGGACGCUCUGGAGAAGAAGGUGGAGACCUGCUCCAACGAAAACCACGAGCUACGCAGGAAAGUGGAAACUCUGGAGUGCACAAACAAGUCUCUGUUACAGCAGCUGCAGUCUCUGCAGGCGAUGGUGGCCGGUAAAGUCCCCAAAUCCUGCAGGAUGGCCGGCACCCAGACAUCAUCAUGCCUAAUGGUGGUCGUGUUGUGUUUCGCUCUGUUUUUGGGGAGUUUCUACCCCAGCAGUUUGACUCCGUGCUCCACCAUCACUGAAACUGGCCUCGCUUCCAAACAGCUGGCUGUCAAAGAUUCCUACACAACCACAGUGAAGUCGAGGAAUCUGUUAUCGACCUUCGAAGACGAGCAGCCGCACCUCCUCGGUCUGGGCGGGGAGUAUCCCGACCAAUGGGAGGACACGACGGCCGUCGUCCUGGCGGCGUGGCGGCGCUCAGAGCAACAGAAGGAGGCCGUGGAGCCCAGCGGGGUGGAAACACACCCACCCUUCAGAAAUACAAGCAACGAUACGCAGACAUCCAAAAACAUGCUGCUGGAUCUGCACAGGUCUCUGGAGCAGAGGACGAAUGAGAGCAGCAGUAAAGUGUUCGAGCUGGAGCGAACGGUCAACGAGACCUCCUGAGAUUCAUUUCAACACACACACACACACACACACACACACACACACACACACACACACGUAGAGCUGGUUCAGUGUCCUGGAGCAAACCUCAUGCAGUAGUUCCCACUGCUGAUUGUUCCAUCGCUGCUUAAUACACUGUAAUGAUAAUAAUAAUAAUAAUAGUAAUAAUUAAGAGGCUGGUUGCACUGAAUAUUUUUUACAUGAGUCAACUUAUCAGUUGUAUCUGACUUGACUCACAUUGUGAUGAAUUCCAACAGAUACUUUGAAUAAUGCAGCGUGGCAUUUAUUCCAGUGGAAAGCUUAUUAAAAUACUACGUGUGAGGCUUUUUACAGGACAUUGACGGAGAACCUUUGUAUUUAUAGAAACCUUUUUUUGUUUUGUGUUAUUUUCGUAAAAAAAUUAUUGCUCUUCGUAGUUCUUUUAUUAUUAAAUGUUUUUAUUCCAUUCCGGUGAGGCGUACAUCCCAUUUUGAUACGUGUUUGUGUUCAUAAUAUAUAUAUAUUUGUGUUAUUUUUUAUUUUAUUGUUCUCUUUUAUAUAUUGUUAUGUAUAUUCUCUUCAGCUGACUUGACAUUUCAUACAUUGAGGGCUUAGCUCGACGUUCCUGCGCUCAUUUAGAAACAUUGUUGAUGGUAGAAAGUCAUAUUUGGGAUGUUUUUAGGUGUGUUGAUCGAUCUGCGGCUCAAAUCUGACAGCCGGUUAGCUUAGCUUAGCAUAAAGACUGGAAACGUAUAGAAACAGCUAGCCUUGUUCUGACCAAAGAUAUAAAAAACAAUUUCCAGCAACUCUAAAACACACUAAUUAACAAAUGAGAUAUGACGUACUCAUUACUGAGCUUUAUAGUUGUGAUGCUGGCUGUUUCCCCCUGUUUCCAGUCUUCAUGCUAAGCUAAGCUAAGCUAACCGCCUGCCGACAGCAGCUUCGAAUUGAUCGUACAAACAUGAGACAGGCAUCGAUCUUCUCGUCUUUAAGUGUUUUUUAAAUGUGCAGAGGAACCACAGAGUGAACUUUUUGCAGUAACUGUUGAUGGCCUUUUAACCCUGCGAUUCUUCUGCCUUUAACACUUUCACGGUCAGCUCCGAGAGUCUUUACCUCGCUCUGUUCUCUCAGCGUUUGCCAAAACAAACAUCUAUUUUUGUAAUGAAUGAAUGAAUAAGCAAGUCUAAAUGUGUGCGGGACCUCUAGUUUAUAAACCAAUCCAUAAUUCAUACAGAUUCUAUUUUGGAUGCGACGUUGUUGAUAAAUUAUGAACGUACGAUGCUUUAGCUUCACGGUGUGUCCUCACUGUCUGUUGGCUUUAGUUUAAAAGUGUUUUAAAGUUGUUUUUAUAGUUUUCGUUUAUGUGUGUUACAGACUCCUUGUAAAUACAAACAUCCCAUUUGUUAAAAACUCAAGUUAUUUAAGUUCAGAAAGGUCAGAAAUGAUAUUUUACAGACUGAGGAUGAAUCAAACUGUCCUCAGAAAUAGACCACGGUCCUGUUUAGAGACUAGAAGACAACAUUUGUAUAUCUCGGUCUCGUGUUUUGUCAAAGAUUUGUUGUUGAAUCUGUACGUUAGGAUGCACGAUGAUAGUCUUUGCUCCAAGAGUCUGCAGGAGAGGUCGUAGGAAAGGCAAGAUUUUAAUUUAGAUUUAUUUUAUUUCGUGGAAACGUCUCCUCCGGUGAAGAGCUUUUUCCCAAAUCAGCUUUAAUGUUCCGUGUUGCUUCAGUGUAAAGCCACUCCUGUCUCUUUGCUUUCAAAUGAAUAUUCAGUAUUUUCUUUAGUAAAAGAAUAUUUUGCAAAACAGAUGAUUGUUUGGUCUGUUUGUUGACGUUCGAGAAGACAUAAAAACAAACGUUAGCUCGCUAACAUCUUGAAGUUACUGUGAGGACCUUUUAUCUGGUUCUGAACCAGUCUCAGUUUAGUCCUGAUCCUCUAUCAGACCUCCAUCAG